CCACCAGUGCUCUUCGCUCUUCAGUUCGACUAUUGCUCAUGACGUAUUUUUCAGGCGCCUGAGCACUGCGCGAACUUUGAAGAUGGAGGAUGGAUCCUAUUGCACUUUAGUCAGUCUGUAUAAUUCCGUAUCUUCGAAUAACCUUGAAACAUAGUCUCGAUAUAUACGUAGGAUUCUACAUCGAUGGAGUAUGGAAAAGACAGGGUGGUGGCGUUGGUAGACAUGGAUUGCUUCUACGUGGCAGUUGAGCAAAGAAUCAACCCAGCUUUGAAGAACACACCCUGUGUGGUAGCGCAAUACAAAACGUGGAAGGGAGGCGGCAUUAUAGCGGUGAGUUACGAGGCAAGGGCGUGCGGUGUCACUCGCAACAUGUGGGCGGACGAUGCAAAGAAACUGUGCCCAGACCUCCGUGUGGCACGAGUCCGAGAGGCCCACGGCAAGGCCGAUCUCACGCAUUACAGGGAGGCAAGUGUGGAGGUGAUCGAAGUGAUGUCGCGCUUUGCAGUCAUCGAGAGAGCGAGUAUUGACGAGGCGUACAUGGAUCUUACUGAUGCGGUUCAACUCCGGCUGAAGAACAUGACGGCGGGCGAGCGGAUGGAUCCAGACCUACUGCGGAAUACCUUCAUCCAGGGGUUCCCACUUGCUCAGGCUUCCCCUGAGCAAGGAGUUUCUUCAGAGUCCCUGGACAAAGAGGAGCAGCGGUCCAGGGGCCUACAACAGUGGCUGGAGACCGUCCCCCCAGCCCCGUCGGAGGGCCGUGGCUCUGCAGAGCUCCAGCUAGCCGUGGGGGCCGCCAUCGUGGAGGAGAUGAGGGCGGCCGUGGAGCAGCACACCGGCUUCCGCUGCUCGGCGGGAAUAUCCCACAAUAAGAUUCUGGCCAAAUUGUCCUGUGCCUUCAAUAAGCCAAACCGACAAACGGUGCUGCCCAUGGACUCUGUGGAAGAGCUGUUCAGCUCUCUACCUGUAAGUAAGAUUCGCAAUCUGGGAGGGAAGCUGGGGGUGUCCAUCACAGAGACUCUCGUUGUGGAGAACAUUGGAGAGCUCACCCAGUUCUCCAAGGCUCAGCUGGGACAGCACUUUGGAGACAAAACGGGUCAGUGGCUCUAUGACUUGUCACGGGGGGUUGAUUUUGAACCAGUGAAACCCAGGCAGCUCCCAAAGUCGAUUGGCUGCAGCAAAAACUUUGCUGGAAAUUCUUCGCUGGGGACGAUUGAGCAGGUGAAACACUGGCUGCACCAGCUGGCCCUGGAGUUGGAGGAGAGGUUGACCAAGGACCGAGACAUGAACGGGCGGGUUGCCAGGCAGUUGACGGUGGGCGUCCGACAGCUCGGAGACAAAAAGCCCAGCAGCUUCUCCCGCUGCUGCCCGCUGGUCCGCUACGACGUCGCCAAGAUAUCCGGCGACAGCUUCGCCAUCAUCAAGAGCCUCAACGCAGCGGGCCACCACCAGGCAGCAUGGAGUCCAGCUCUCACCCUGCUCCACAUUUCCGCCAGCAAGUUCAGCGACGCCCCCUUAGCUGGAGGAGGGAUAGCCGGCUUCCUGUCUAGUGAUGUCACUUCCUCCCAGGCCCUUUUCCCUGCCAGUGUUUCCCAAGGGGGGCUCGUGUCCUCCGGGCUGAGAAGCGGGAGCAGCAGCAGUGGCGGUACUCCCAGCAAACCCACCAUGAUCCAGUCUCUGUUCCAAAGAGCUGCUGAGAAACAGAGGCAGAGGACUGAAGGAGAAGAGGAGGAGGAGGAGGAGGAGGAAGGGAAGGAUGAAGAUGGAGAUCAGGAAUGUUUUGCGGUUUUACUCCCUCCACCCGCUUCUCGUUCGGUGGCUCCCUCCAGCGAUCGGUCGGAGACCGCAGCUCCAGCUCCAAGCUCCUCCACAACACUUUCCUCCUCUCACGCCUCACCAGCGAAGGGCUCCGACGGUGGCAUCUCGUCUUUCUUUCAAAGGAAAAGCAUCGAGAGACGGUUACAAACGGCAGGCACCUCGAGCAAGGGCCAACGUGUUACAACCGGCCCAAUAGAGAUCGUCGGGGCGGUUGCCUCAGCCCUUCAGCCAGAGCACAACUCACAACCUCCCGCUCGCCCUCCUAAGGGUCAAGAGUCGAGCGUAGUGCCGGGUUCAGACGAUGGACCUCCCCCUUCUCCUGGGGACCCUGGAGCCGGCCCGGACGACGAGGACCUGGUGGCCUGCGAGCACUGUGGCCACCGGGUGCUGGCCUGGGAUAUGCCCGAGCACAGUGACUACCACUUUGCUCUGGACCUCCAGAAGUCCUUCGCCCCUCCCUCCUCCACCACCACCACCCCCACCCCCACGGCUAGCUCCUCUCUGUCCGCUGCCUCUCCGCCGCCCGCCGCAACGGGAGCUUCCGCAACGAACCAGGCGACCCGGGGGAAGUCGAAGUCCAGAGGACAGUCUGGACCCCAGUCGAAAAGACCCCGACCCCAAGGGGGGCCCUUGGAUUCUUUCUUUAAGAAGAACUGAGGAUGCGUUGUUGUGGGCCACGCUCCCCAAGCGAAUAGGGGUUAUGGGUUUCCAUGAAGAAUGACUUGACUUUCUAUCAUAGUUUUUAGUCUUAAGGCCUAUCUUGAAUGUCUACAUACUAAAAUUAAAUGCACUAUUUGAUACGACAACUAGGCUGGGAUAUUAAACUUUUUUGGAUAUUUAUAUAUUUUUGUAUGGAGUCUCGAUUAAAGAAAAUGGUGUACAAAUAAAACAAGCAUAUUGUCCACCUUAUCUUUUGUUUUGAUUGAUGCCUGUGUUUAGAUGUAUUGUACACCAUCAAGCAUAAGGAAUAUAUACUUAUAUUUACAAUCAUUAGUGAGUUUUCAAAUGUUUAGACGACUUGGUGUCAGGGAAAUCUAGCAGAGGCCCUGAGCUAAUCUGAAAAGGUCAGAGCAGUGCAGCUUUAGGUGAUAAGCCUUGUCAAAGACCCACACGCACUACAUUGAUCAAGUAUAGUAAACAACUGCCAAUGUUCGUGUUAAUACUUCAUAACAGCUAAAGGGUUUGAACCAAUGUUGACUUUUCUUGGUCAUCAGGUUGGGACACGUUUCCAUGCUUUCAAGGUGUUGUAAACAUGUUAACCCUGACUGGUUGCCUUAAGGAUAGUUAAGUUAUUAUUAUUAAGGAGCAACUUGCUUGUUUUUGUUAAUGCUUUCUACACUCAGAUUAGGAGGAUUCAAAUCAUGAGUUGAAACCAUUAAACCUAAUUAUCUACAUGUGUCAAUCAUCUCAAACUAUAUCAAGUAAUACAUUACUUUUAUUUAUGUACAUCACAAUAUACAGUCUGGAUUUGUACAUAAACUUAUAUCAUACUUCACCCGAAUGAUUAAAACGUUACAAUCAGUCUGAACUUGAGGUUGCAAAAAAAGUGACAAUCUGUGUUUGUAAAGGUUUAAAAGUAUCGUGUUCUAAUAAAUCUUGUAAAAGUUAAAACCCCACUACAAAUCUAUAAAAUGAC